AGAGAGAAGUCAUUGUCCGGACAGCAGCAGUUUCAGCAGCAGCAGCAGUGACCGGAAGAGCCGUCCGGUACCUAAACCUUCACCUGCUGCUAGAAUUCCUCAGAAUUCGCGCGACGGAAACAUGCGACGUGUGAAAGAUUUGCGCGAGCGUCAUUCCUCCUCCGCGCCUUUGGCUUCAGGGAGUUUUCGUGUCUGCGCGCGUCGACGAGGAACUCAUGAGUAACGAAGCGCACAGUCCCGCGGAGUUGUGAAGUGUGUACCGCGAGCUGUCACAUGGAAGAAGAAAACAAAGCAUAGAAGCGCAAAAGUUCGCGGGGGUCAGUGAACGCAGCAGCGGUGAGGACGUGUCUCUCUCUCUCUCUCUCUCUCUCUCUGAACCAGGAGCGAGGACGUGUCUCUCUCUCUCUCUCUGAACCAAGAGCGAGGACGUGUCUCUCUGUCUCUCUGAAGCAGCAGCGAGGAUGCAGGUGAAGAAGCAGCGGCAGUCUGAGCGCAGCAGCGGGGACACGCCACCGAAAAGCCCCUCAUGCUUCUCAAAUAUCAAGAUAUUCUUGAUAUCGGAAUGCGCUCUCAUGCUGGCUCAGGGCACUGUUGGAGCUUAUCUGGUGAGCGUGCUGACCACCUUGGAACGGCGAUUCAACCUGCAAAGUGCUGACGUCGGUGUGAUUGCCAGCAGCUUUGAGAUCGGCAACCUUGCGCUGAUCCUGUUUGUCAGCUACUUUGGGGCCAAAGCGCAUCGGCCCCGCCUGAUAGGCUGUGGCGGCAUCGUCAUGGCACUUGGCGCUCUCCUCUCAGCGCUCCCGGAAUUCCUAACGAAUCAGUAUGAGAUAGGAGAAAUGUGGAGGACUGACCUGGGUCGGGAUUACUGUGCCAACACCAGCAGCAGUGCUCAGGUUGAGGAUGCUGUGUGUGCUAACAGGGCUAACACUAACAUGAUGUACCUGCUGCUGAUCGGAGCGCAGGUCCUGCUGGGGAUCGGGGCCACACCGGUACAGCCACUGGGAGUGUCCUAUAUUGAUGAUCACGUGAAGAAGAAGGACUCCUCUCUCUAUAUAGGAAUCCUCUUCUCCACGCUGGUGUUUGGCCCCGCCUGUGGCUUCAUCCUCGGCUCCGUCUGCACUAAGUUCUACGUGGACGCGAUCUUCAUUGACACGAGUGAUCUGAGCAUCACUCCAGACGACCCGCGCUGGAUCGGGGCCUGGUGGGCCGGCUUCCUCCUGUGUGGUGCCUUACUCUUCUGCUCCGCUGUCUUCAUGUUCGGUUUCCCUCAGUCGCUGCCGACCGCGGAGAGAGAGGAGGGAGUGGACAGCGAGCAGGCGAUGCUUCCGCCCUCUCUCAGUUCAGAGUAUGAAACUCCAAAAAACAGCAAUGGAGUUGUACACUGCCACGAGCUCGCCAACAGCGCCACCUGCUGUCAGCAACUCAAAGUGAUUCCAAAGGUGACCAAGCACCUGCUGUCAAACCCAGUGUUCACCUGCAUCAUCCUGGCCGCCUGCAUGGAGAUCGCCGUCGUGGCCGGCUUUGCAGCCUUUCUGGGGAAAUACCUGGAGCAGCAGUUCAACCUCACCACCAGCUCAGCCAACCAGCUGUUAGGCAUGACGGCGAUCCCCUGUGCCUGUUUGGGGAUCUUCAUGGGCGGUCUGCUGGUGAAGAAGCUGAACCUGUCGGCGCUGGGAGCGAUUCGCAUGGCCAUGUUAGUCAACCUCAUAUCCACCGCCUGCUACGUCUCCUUCCUCUUCCUGGGCUGUGACACGGGUCCCGUCGCAGGAGUGACGGUUACGUAUGAAAACCACACGCUGCAGGUGGGACACAAACCAGACGCUCAGUGCAUCAGUCACUGCAACUGCUUCACCUCGUCCAUCAGCCCCGUGUGUGGCUACAAUGGCGUCACCUACCUGUCUGCCUGUUUCGCCGGCUGCACCCGAGCAGGAGGCGCUCGAACCACUCCCAACAUCGCCCAGAACCUGACAGGAUGUGGUUGUAUAUCAGCUGAAUUUGCCACAGCCGUUCCGGGAAAAUGUCCAACUCCGGGCUGCCAGGAGGCCUUCCUCAUCUUCCUGUGUGUGAUCUGUGCCUGCAGCCUGGUGGGAGCCAUGGCCCAGACUCCGUCUGUCAUCAUCCUCAUCAGGACUGUGAGCCCGGAGCUGAAAUCCUACGCACUCGGACUGUUGUUUCUGCUGCUGCGACUCCUCGGAUUCAUCCCUCCUCCUCUCAUCUUUGGUGCUGCCAUCGACUCCACGUGUCUUUUCUGGAGUUCGGAUUGUGGCGAUAAAGGGGCGUGUCUGCUCUAUGACAACGUGACAUACAGGCAUCUCUACGUGAGCCUCGCCAUCAUCCUGAAAGGCGUGGCCUUCCUCCUCUACGCCACCACGUGGUACUGCCUGCGCAGGAACUACAAGAAGUAUAUCAAAGGUCACGAGGGUCACCUGACUCCCACAGAGUUCUACCCCUCGCUCACAGACGGCCCCAAAUCUGUGGACCGGACAAAGUUCAUAUAUAACCUGGAGGACCACGAGGUUUGUGAAAACAUGGAGUCUGUUUUAUAGUUCAUCAAAGCCCGGAGUGAGGACGCUCGUGUUCUCUCGGAGGAAUAUUCGAUGCUUUCUUGAAAUGAUGAGACUUUGUUGUUGUUGUUGUUGUUGUUUGUUGUCUGACUAAAGCACCGCGUGUCACCGCGCGCCACCGCGUGUCACCGUGCUGUCCGUCAUACGAGACGUUUACGCUCCACUUCACUCCAUGCGAAACACUGGAAUGGGUCCAUUUUAGCUGCUGAUCAGCGAGCUGUUGUCCUGUGUUUGCUGGUGAACUGGUGUGUGCGUGCGUGUGUGUGUGUGCGCGUGUGUGUGUGUGUGUGUGUGUGUGCGGUAAAGGCUCAUUCCUGGUUCAUCAGUGAGUGGAUGAGAUGCUUUGACAACAAUAGCUGCUGCCAUGUUGUUGUCGGUCUGUCAUGACGUCCGUCUGUGUCUAAACGGCACAUUCAUAUGUUUUUGGUGUUUCUGCAGUUCUUCAUAUUUAAACGUUGCCAAGUGUUUACAGAUGAAUAGUCAGCACUGUGACGAUGGAGCUUCUCACGUGUUCAUGGUUCUUGUUCUCUUGCUGGAUCACAUAAGCACCGUGUCCAUGACGCACAUGUGCACUUCCUGUCCGUCAUGUCCAUAUUUAUUACGACUGCAGGUUUGUUUCCAUCCUAGUCUGCUUGUUUGUUUGUUUUUUACGUUUGCAGAGUUUAUUUAGUGUCAUACGUCUUAAUAAGGGAUUGUUCAAUUAAGAAUGUUUACUAUGUUGUUUUCUUUUGAAUUCUGCACCUUGUGGUGAAGGAAAGACAAAAGAAAACCAGGAGAAACAUGUUUUGAUUGAACCUCGAACCUUGAUAUUUAAAGAUUAGGAGUCACAUGUUUCUUUCUGAGGAGAACGGUCAGAGGUGUGUGUGUGUGUGUGUGUGUGUGUGUGUGUGUGAUUUGCAUGUACAAAGUCAAAUGACAUGUAAAUGGUCUCUGUCCUGGACACCUGGACACCUGGACUCGGCACAGACUGUACCACCUGCCGCUCUGCUCAUCUUUCUGCACUUACUGUUUUCACAUAGUUUUCUUACACUUCUAUUUCUAAGGCAACAUAUUGUUUAUUUUAAUCUGGAAAUAAAUCAUUUUUCAGAAAAUGAA